AUGCUAGGUAAUUUAAUCACCAAGAUGUUACGUGUACCAUUUGCCGACGAUCUUCACUGCCAUCUACGGCAGGGCGACAUGAUGUCGCUCGUGACGCCUCUGAUUAGACAGGGUGUGACAAGUUGUAAACAAGCUGGUGAAUACCGUAAGCAAUUGAUGGAUAUCGAGCCCAAAGUGGACUUCCUAAUGACCCUUUACCUCUCUCACAAGAUAUCAAUUGAUGAUUUAAGAGAAAAUGCAGUGAUAAAUCAUGUUCAAGGGAUUAAAUGCUACCCAGUUGGGAUGACUACCAACUCAGACCAUGGAUUCAAAUCGAUAGAGGAAUUUUAUCCUCUGUUUAACGAAAUGGAACGCAUGGGACUAUCACUGCACGUGCAUGGAGAGCGACCUGGGUCUAGUCCUUUAUCUUCUGAGGCUGACUUUAUCAACCACGUCGAAGGUGUUUCAAAGGCAUUUCCGAAAUUGAAAGUGGUAGCUGAACAUGUAUCUACCAAGGCAAGCCUCGAAGCGAUUGGGCGCAUCCCUAAUCUUGCUGCUAGUGUAACCCCGCAUCAUCUGUUUUUGAUCACCGAAGAUGUUUUGGAGCAUACUGAAGGUAUCACUCAGGAGAACAUUGUUCAACAUGUGAAGAAUCCACACCUGUACUGCAAACCAUUGGCGCAAGGACCAGAUGACAGGGAAGCUCUGUUAGAGGCGGUGCGGUCACGAAGCAGCAAGAUUUUCUUGGGUUCCGAUUCUGCGCCACAUACUAUCGAGGCAAAGAUGUCUGGAAAGCCACCUGCAGGGAUAUUUACUCAACCGUUUGUUAUGAAUUAUCUCGCUACUGUGUUCAAUCAACUUGGUCGUCUGGAUUACCUGGAGGAGUUCGCGUGCCGUAACGGAUCGCGGUUCCUAGGUUUACCAGAAAAGGAACCCGAAUGGAUCGAGGUUCUGGAUGAAACGAUGGUCGUACCGUCUGACAUAAACGGUGUAAUAAUGCCAUUCUUAGCUGGGAAACAGAUCGUUAAGAUAAGAUGUUAA